AUGGAAAAUAGUGGAUUACUAUUUAAUAAUGAUGAAACAAUUAUAAAUAAAAAAAUCAAAAAAAUAAUUUAUGAAAAUCAAUAUGAUAAACCAUUAUUUUAUGAUAUUGAUUUAAGGAAAAAUAAUAAAAAAUUAAUUUAUUUAUUAGAUUGGUUUUGUGUAGUUGUUUUAUUAGUUAUUGGUUCUAUAUUACUUUUAAAAGUACCAGUAAGAGGAAGAUUGUUUAGAUUAAACGAUGAAUCAAUAUCGUAUCCGAAACUAGAGGAAAUCAUACCCCUUGGCUUAUUAAUACCUCUUGUAACUGCCGUACCAUUUGCAAUGAUACUACUAAUUUCAAUUAUAUUUAAAAGGGAUAUAAACGAUUUCCAUCAUUCACUAUUAGGAUUUCUUCAAUCAAUUUCAGUUACAAUACUAUUAACUGGAUCAUUUAAAGUGUUCAUUGGAGGAUUGAGACCUUCGUUUUUAGAAUUUUGCAAACCUACUAAAGAAUCAAUCGUAGCAGGCAACCCACCUGUUGGGUAUGGUGCAAUCUAUUAUGAUAGAUCAAUUUGCACAGAGAGUGAGUUUAUUGUAAAUGACGGUUUAUCAGCUUACCCAUCUGGUCAUUCAAGUAUUGCUGCGAGCUGUUUUGGUUUCUUGGCAUUGUAUUUAUUGGCUAGAUUAAAGUGUUUUGAUAAUAGAGGUCAUAUUAUUAUUUAUUUACUUAUUAUUGGUUGUUUAAUUACUGCUGGGUUAAUUGGUAUUUCAAGAGUUGCCGAUUAUCGUCACACUUUUUUAAAUGUUUUAGCUGGUUGGUCAAUCGGUUUAUUAAUUAGUUUAUCAUGUUAUCGUUUAAAUUUCUCUUCAUUAUUUGGUCGUGAUAAUCAUAUUUCAAUUCAUUCUCAUUGGUUAACUUAUUGGGAUUAUCAUAAUAAUAAUAAUAAUAGUAAUAGUAAUAAUAAUAAUAAUAAUAAUAAUAAUAAUAAUAAUAAUAAUAAUAAUAAUAAUAAUAAUAAUAAUAAUAAAAAAGAUAAUAUUAAUAAUAACUCAACUAAAACUCAAAACAAUUUUGAAAGUUAUCAAUCACCGAAUGGUAUACCAUUAAAUGAACUUCAAAAUUAA